CAUUUAAACAAGGAGGUUCAAGCAGGAAUGUACAAUUUCCAAGGUUUACACUGGAGCUGUACGAGGGUUUAAGGUCGAUGGGGUUGACCUGGAGCUGCCGGUGAUUUGCAAGCACAAUGGGGGAAGGUUUAAGGAUCAAAGUGGUGUUCGAGGAUGGGGACAUCCUUCACGUUUCCCAGAAAUCAGAGGGCCUGGAGAGAAGCUGGCUUCUCCUCAACCCCAAGCAUCACACAACAAUCUCUGAGUUCUCUUCGUAUCUCCUCCAAAACUUCCAACUCCACAAUUCCUGCCCCAAUGGCAUCCUUCUUUCAAUGGAGGGAUAUGUCUUACCACCUUUUGAGUCGACUUGUUUCUUCAAUGAUAAAGAUGUAAUCAGUGUGAGGAAGAAGGGAGGCUCAUUGACUCGUGUAGGUGAUGCACCCAGUUAUGUGGACAAUCUCCAAAUUGUUAAAAAAGAAAGUGUAAACUCCAAACCUGUGUGUCUAGGAAAUGAGGUAUUUGCCAUUAAAACCGGGGGAUAUGAGAUGGAUGAACCUGAAAAGGAGAGGAGAGACCAGGUGCAUGAUUACAAUUCACCUCCUAGUGAUUUGCUGGCGGAUGAAUUUCCAGUCUCUAAGAAAAGGAAGGCUUCAGAAAAACUUAAUAGCUUAAAGAAGAAGAGGAAGAAGAAGAAAGAGUACCCUCAAGUUGCAGAGGGGUGCAACAUUGAUAUUCAGCCAGAGCCGACUAAGAAAUCUAAACGCAGUCUGACCGACAAGAAAAGUAGUAAAAAGCAAAUGAAAAAAUCAGAAUCACACAAGAUGAAUGGGACUGAAAGUAAUGGAGGUACUGCCAAAAUAAGUGAAAGAAAUGUCACUAAGCUUGACAUGACUAAAAAUGAUCAGAUUCUUAAAUCUGGGAAAGAUUGUGUGGCUGUUACAGCCAAGCCAGAGGAAAUGAAAAAGCUCCCUAGCAGGAGUUCGAGGCGACAAUACGCAAAGAGGAAAUUCAAAAAAGAAAUGACUAAAAUUCUAAAGGAAAACGAGAAUUCUCAAUUGGAGAACACUUCGAAGGAGAUUCAAUCCAAAAAUAGAAAGAGAGAGGGAGUUAGAUUCCAACAAGGGCAUCGGAAGUGGAAGAAGGGACGAGCUAAUGAUCAAAGACAUGAGGAUAAAUAUUGUAAGCAGAAGCAAAGCCAAGGUGAAAUUGAAGAAACCCCUGAUCAACCAAAAGGACUUUUAUAUUGGAUGGGGUUGCUUUCCAAGGAUAUGGCUAAAGAUAAAAGCAAGCCUGAACAUGCUAAUUCCAAAAGCCCUGUCCGUGAUGAGCUUCUUCAGAGUAGUGAUAUUGAUCAUGAGGUUGUUCCUGUUGAAGUAAGGCCAGAACAUAUAUGCUCUGAGCUUUCAGGGAAAGAGCAAACUUUAAAAAAGAAUCAAGCUCAAGAAAAACUAAGCAGCGAGAAAAUUACAACUUCUCAAAGAACUGAAAUUAAUGAGCCUCAUAAAGAUCCCUCUGAAAUAUCAAGCGCUGAAAAUUUUGCACCUGGUAAUGGAUCUAUUGACUUUGCUAAACUUCCAUCCCUCUCUGAUGCGCCAAAGGAAGGCGAUGUGAUUGCAUACCGUCUACUUGAGGUAUCAUCCAAUUGGACUGCUGAGCUUUCCCCAUACCAUGUUGGCAAAGUAUUAUCAUUCAAUUUUAAAUCAAGUAGAGCUUCAUUAAUGCCUGUUGCUGGAUAUCCAUUCUAUUCUACUAAAAAUAAGCCUGGUGAAGAUGAGUGCACAAUGAAAUUGGAUAGUUCUCUUUAUAGAGAGGAUGGAUCAUUGGAGAUAGAUUUGUCAUCCCUCGUUGAUGUCCGGGCUGUAAAACCUCCUACCUUGCUUCUCCCUUUAAAAGUAGAUUCAAUUGGUAACACCAAUGACAAGUCAAGACCUUCUGGUCAAGAAAAUAGGGACAUAGUAAAUCAUGAAAGCAAUAUGUGUGGUGGUGGCAGCAGCCGAGAAAGUAGAGAGGACUUGUGGGAGCAACUCAGCGUGGCUUUAUCUGCAAAGAAAGAACAGCUUUCCCAGCAAAGUAGCUGUUGGGGCAAGGUUAUUCCAAGCAAGAGUAGUUGGUCAUACGAAGCUUGUGGGUUACAGCCUCGAAAGGGCUUCUCCAGAUGGAAAAAACAAGAGAUGAUCAGAUGAGUAAGGGAGCACCAUGUGAGACCUGUAUGAUGGAAAUGGUGAUGAGGAUGAAUCAUUUUCAUAUUAUAUAUUUGGUACAUCUUUUAUCUAUUUCAGUCUAAAGACAUGAAGCGAAUUUGCUUGCCUGACUCGUGAAACAGAUAACAUAACCUAAGCAUCGGCUGGGUUAGACCCAAUAUUUUCACCUGUAAAUUGCCCAUUCACAUUCUAUGCAGUAAGAUAACUUGUCUCAGAAAAUGAAUUCAAUCUUGUCCACACCCAACUUUAUGAAAUUUUAAGUGGUUCCAUACAUCCAUG